UGUUACCGUAGUCACCAAGGACGCCAUUUCUUGUGGUUAUUUUGAAAAUGCCUCCAAAGAAAAAGGGUGGGAAAAAAGGGAAGAAAGGAAAGGGUGGCAAAGAUGACGACGGUGAUGAACCUAAACAAAAGCCAGCAACCCCUGAGCCUACAGAAAAAGAGCUGAUUCUUCAACAAGAAUUGGAAAAGGUGACGACAGAUUUGGAGAAUGCAAGGAAAAAAGUUGAAGAUCUACGAAAGGAGAAUGAUUGGUUACAACAAGAGGCUAACAGAGUCCGCAAUGAGAGCCAUGAAUACAUGAGUUACAUGGAGAAGAAGACAAGCAAGAGACAGACAACCAUCAUCACACUGAGUGAUCACAACAAACAGCAAAUCCGCAAUAUCCUUUUGGAAAAGGAAAUCAUGGAAAGGGAGUUUGAUGAAAGAAAACAGACACUUGAAAUUUUGCUCCUGGAAAAACAAAAUUCAUUAAAAAAGACGAAAGAUGAGUUGGGAGACCUAACCCCACUAAAGACCUUACAAACAGAACAACUCAACAAGAUCAAGGAGCUGGAGAAGGAGGUGAUGCAGAUGAGGACGAAACACUCCGAAACCAUCCAGUCACUCAAAUCCACUUUCCUCAGAGACAAAAGGGAAUUCCAAAAUGAUUCAGAAAAUAGAAUUUCUACUUUACAGAAAAAGGCCAACAAGGAGGCCAUACAGUGUCUCACAGACCAUACAAAUGCAAUCAAAACGGAAAACCGCAAUCUUAGGAGGGAGUUAUUAGAACUAAUUAAGACAACCCGAGCAUAUCAGGAACACAAACGCGAGCUGGAGGAACAGAGGAAACAGUUGUUGCGAGAACAACAAUAUGCUGAGGACUUGAAAAAGCUAAGAAACACACGCCAGCAUAAAGUUCUCAAAUCCUUUGGACUUGCAGCAGAGGGCGAGCCUGAGGAUGAACACUCAAAACCUGCGCUGGAAACAUCUGUCGAGACUGGCUGACUACAGCUGUCGGAGUGACUAAGUGCAUUAUCCUGACUGGCUCCAUCUGAGACAUUUUGACAGUGGAUCCUUGUUAGUCCGGUUGCUUUGGUUUCAUCUAUCAAUUGAAUAGUUUUGAGUAAAUGUUUGGAUAUCAGUUCUACAUAAGUGUCCAGGCUGUGAAAUUUCUACACAUUAGUACCCAAGCAUUUCAAUUCCUGCACAUGGGUGUCCAGGCAGUGGGAUUUCUACACAUUAUGUCCAGGCAGUGGCAUUCCUGGACUGUUUUAGCUUGGAUUAAUGAGCUUCCACUACAAAUAUAAACAGAUAUUCCACAUGCUGACCACUCAUCAUUGUUGUUGAUUUCUGAAAUUUGUUAUUACCCAAAUAAUUUGUUUGCAAUAUGAUGGAGAUAUUUGCAGCUGUGUCAUCUGGAUGUUAUAAUUCUUGGAUAAACCGAAUGAAGAUCAAUGCUAAGAUGUGACUGGUAGUAUUACAAAAGAUAUAAAUAGGAGGUCUGUAACUAUAACCCCAAUGUAUGUACCAUGUUCUUUGUGUCAUUAUUGCAGACUGUCUGUAGGGAAGUAACUGUAACCAACAAGGAGACAGAAAUUAAUUGUGAUUAAUUUCGGAAAGGAAGUUCUGGUUAACAGUUAAGAGCACAGAUGUGCUAUACCUGUAUUAUGUUGCGAAUAAAGAAAUCAGUAUAAUAUCUUCA